AUGCCUCCCAGGGAGGACGGGGCAACACCAAAGUCCUUCACCUGGAUAACCGGCAACCCACGGAGCAGGAAAAAUAUCACACAGAUCCGGCGACAUGCGGGGCAAAAUUCCGGGGUGAAAGCUGAGAUUGGCGCUAGAGCUCAGUCGAGCUCGUCUCCUAGACCCGGUCAAAGAAGCUCUGCGAAACCGUCUAGAGCGAUUUACCCUUCACCAAGGACUGAUGAUACGGACGGACAGCCUUUGAGUGCUCAUGCAGAGCAGCCGAUCAGUUUUGAUGUGAACUAUCCUUCUGCUGCGGCAGAAUAUGCACCGGCUCCGUCAUCGGUUAUCCGUGAUCAAGUCGUUAUUCCUCAUUCUACCCAUCCGGAUUCGCCUUCGACGGAUGUUUCAGCUUCAAUCGGCGAAGAGGUAGCUCCAACACGAAAGCUUGCCAUCUGGGAUUUGGUCAACCACUCAGAUGAGGAGGAAGAACAACAUAGGCUACAGGCCCUUGCCUCGACCCCCGGACAGGACACCGAGGACGACGGGCAAGACUACUUCGGCGGCCGCACAGCUCGGACAGAACUCAAGCAAGCCUUGAGCGAAGCCCGAUCCCACUCGCCGCGACAUCCGUGGAAGUCGUCGCCACCACCUCCGACAACUUUCGCCGUGCAGGCCAACGUCUCCAAAAGACGCAAAGCCACGAGUAGCGCGGCCUCCAGCUCGCACGUCUCAUGGCGGCUCGGUAUGACAUCUCCUCCCCGGCUCAUGUCAUUGUCGAAGGAGGACUCACAGAUCGAGCAGACCCUCCUCCAAACAAGCGCCUUCUUCUGGGGCCAAUUCGAGUCAUCAUGGUCAGCCCAACUGCGUGAGAGAAGCAACACCUACUUCGACAAGAUCUCCGGGAUGGAAAGCUUCGCCGGAUCCAUCACUACAGCCGGCGGGCUCCUGGCAUUGGGACACGUGGACUCGGCAUCUUCAAUCCUCGACAGCGCUUUGCCCAAGCUCCCCGAGUUGCUGACAUCGCAACACCCCCAACUCUGCUGGCUGUUGGCCGACCUCAGCCUCAGCGCCAGCUCUGACUCCCCGCUGGGCCGUCUCCGGAGCCAGGUGAAACGAGUGGCGGCAUCGACAUCCCUCACAACUCUCGGGCCCUCCCACCCGAUCACGAAGCUUCUACACCUGACUUUCCCGGCCACGGCUGACGCGCAGCGUGUGUACCUCCGCGAACUGAUCCAGCGCAAGAUCCACGAGCUGCACGAAACCCUCUUCGAGCCCAACUCGUACCAAACCACCGGGCAGUAUUACUACCUUGGCCGCGUGCUCGGGCAGGUCGGCCAAUUAGAAAAAGCGCGCGACAUCCUGGCCGAGGUCGUCGCCCUGUGGGAGGAGAUAUACGGCGUCAACCACAUCAUGCCCAUCACGGGCCUGCUCGAACUGACACGAGCGCACCUCUCGUUGAACGACGCCUCGGCCGACACCGAGGCCCUCCUGUCCGAAGCCCUCCGCCGCACGCUGACACUCGAGAAAGCAAGCGUAAGCAACGACCCAACGGCAUCCCCGGCGUAUGAGGUGGUGGACGCCAAAGCCGCAGGUCUAAUCCACUCACGGAUCGGCUGUCUGCGCACCCUCGGCCGCCUGCACGUCAUGCGCGGAAACCUGGAAACCGCCCUGAUGCAAUAUACCGCGGCAAUGAGCGUCGGCGUCGAAGAGCUGGGCGUCCAUGUCCCGGCGGUGCAGUUGGCUUUGGCGGACCUCGACGCCGUCAGCCGGAUGGUCCGCGCGCACAGAGACGGCGACGAGAGUGUGCGGCUGGAGUGGUUGAAGAAGGUCCCCGUCGAGGUGGGCAUCAGGUGGGCCAACAAGAAUGAAGUCUCGAGGGGGGGUGGCAAAGAGGGCUCAAUAGGCCAGGCGGCGGUAAUCGAGAAAUUAGCUCUGUCCAAUUCGAGCAGUGGCACGGCGGGUAACGAGGCUGAGAGCGCGGCCGCCGCUGUAACGGCAGAUUGA